AAUGACACAUACCAGCUGUCAAUGAAUUGGUUGUAAGAAAAAAGAAAACAUCGGAAACAUUACAUUAGCAUAAAAUAUUAAAUUUUAAUAAAACCAGCUAAAUUCUUUGCAACGUAGUUUAUAAAGAGAGACUGGAAAUUGUAGAUUGAUUAACUUAGCAGACAUUUGUUUGGAAAAAAUCUUGCGAAUAAUAACAGUAUGUCACUAAUCGAUAAAUUGCAAGAACAAGAGCCCAUUCCAUUGGCUGAUGAUGAUCCACAAGUGAUAAUUAAUGAUGAUGACAAUCAAACUUCCAAUAUUAUUGGACAUUCCAUGGAUUCAUUGAGGUCAUCGUUUACAAAUCGUAGCUCAACACCGGAUUCACAUAAUUCUUUGGAGCCAGAGAUUAAUCCUGACGAGAAGGAGGAGAAGGCUCGACUAAUUACACAAGUUUUGGAACUACAAAAUACUUUAGAUGACUUGUCGCAGCGUGUCGAUUCAGUUAAAGAAGAAAAUCUUAAAUUGCGUUCGGAAAAUCAAGUGCUUGGUCAGUACAUAGAAAAUCUAAUGUCUGCUUCUUCGGUUUUUCAAUCGACAAGUCCCAAUGCUAAAAAGAAGUAAAACUCAUUCCAUUCACACCUGGAAGAAGCUGUAAUCUGCACAAGAAGAAAACUCAUCUGAACGAUGAAUUCACUGUGUUAAGAUAAAUUUCAUGAUAUUGUUUAUUUAUUCGCAUACUCAUAUCUUUAUAAUUUAGUUUCGGACUAGUUAAAGCUUAUAACAUGUAUACAACAAUUUAAGACAUUUAUGCAUAUGCAGCAUUUU